AUGGACUUGUGGAAGUGGGAUGAAGCAUCACCACAGGGAGUGUCCCUGGGAAACAGACUGUCAAGGCUGGAAGGAGCUGAGCUUGGUUUCUGCUUCCCUGAAGUGGCACUCCAAGGGGACACACUGACAGAAGAGACAUGCUGGAAAGCUACAUCUUUCCCCCUCGCAGGACUCCCACAGCAGGACUGGAGCUCCGUGUCGCCUCACCCAGAAACUCCAUGGGGAGCGGAGCACGCCUCGCAGGCUCUGUGGUGGUCAGGAGACCGGCCACAGCGGGGGCGCACCGGUUGGGACGCGUGGAGCCAAGUGUCGCCGGCGCCGGGCCCCGCCCCCUGCGCCGGGUCUCCCGGGCCCGCGGGCCCGCGCUCCGCUGCCUCCGCCGGAGGGACCCGCUUGUGGUCACGGGCCCCCGCCCCCGCCGGCUCCCCCGGCCCGGACGGUCCCGUCGGCUCGGACGGCGCCACGUUCUGGUGUCAGGGCCUCGGCGCCGACCCCUUUUCCGGGGGGGGCCCUGGGGGCUCGGGCUGCCCCGCCUCCUGGGACUGGGGGCCGCACGCGGCCCGCACCGCCUCUCCAGAGGAGUGCCAGGGUUCAGGUCUCACCACCUCCUCUGAACCGGAACCGCAGCAGCAGGUGGACCGCGCAACGCUGGCUCGUUAUCCCAAAACGAACCACCGAGGUCCCAUUCAGCUGUGGCAGUUCCUCCUGGAGCUGCUCCAGGACCAGGCGCGUAGCAGCUGCAUCCGCUGGACAGGCAACAGCCUUGAGUUCCAACUGUGCGACCCCAAAGAGGUGGCCCGACUGUGGGGCGAGCGCAAGAGAAAACCUGGCAUGAAUUACGAGAAGCUGAGCAGAGGCCUGCGUUACUACUACCGCCGCGAUAUCUUGCGAAAGAGCGGUGGGCGCAAGUACACGUACCGCUUUGGGGGCCGCGUGCCUGGCCUCGCUUACCCAGAUAACGCUGGGGUCAGGGGCUGA